AUGUUGCAAUUAGAAAAACAGAAAGUUACAGUGGAAAAGCAGAAGUCUGUAGACUCGUCAAAAAAGAGUCGGAUGAAAAUAUCGAAAAUAAUGUCUUUCGAAUCUCAUAGGGAAUAUUUAGACAUGGACACAGACGAAGAAGAAUUUGGUCAUGAAGAAAUACUCGAGUCGCAAGUCGAAGCUCCACCCGAGCCAUAUGAACCUGAAUUAACUGACAACGAGCUCGAUACUUUGGUGCAGCACGCAAAGGAUUUAACGGUACUCCCGGGAUUAUCAUCGGAGUCAUCCUGGACCGAGUCGUGCCUGGAGCUCAUCCGAGAGUACUUUCGAGAUUCGAAAUACACCGUCCUUACCAUCUACUUAUCAGGAGAGGAGUUGCGUGCACUCCUAGACUUUCCGGAUAGCAGUGACGAUGGUCUAGUCUAUAUUAUACGGACAGCAGGGCAAAUUUACCGCCCGGGGGACAACCUAAAGUUUGGAAGCGUCGCCGGAGGAGUGGUUAAUACCAUUUUCAAAUUUGUCAGCGGACUUUACGCUCCGCUUGUCUUUAAAAGUGAUUGGUCCGACAGUAUCCUUCAUUUUGUUACUUGUAUUAGUGGCUAUACGAAUAUUUUAAAUAUGUCGGCCUAUGUUGUCAUUAUAAAACUUUUCAAACUCCAGAUCCUUACGAAAUGUCAUUCAGUUAUGAAAGAUAAGAUUUUCUCAAAUAUUAAUGAUUUUCUCAUGCAAGCAAUGGAUGCGACUUAUAAACCAAUGGGAAUGUUUAUACUCUACAUACCGUGGGAAGUAAAUCUAUUAAAGGACGUAAAACAAUAUUCUGCAAAAGAGAGAGAAAGUAUUAUUAGCACGAAGUAUGAAACCGAGCAACAAUCGUUGAUUAAUAGAUUAGAAAAAGUUACUAGGAUGUGGAUAAAACAGAUUCAAGAGGCACUUAUGAUUUUACCAAAUUUUACAUGCCAAUCUUAUGACAUAACAAGCGAAUAUGAAUUCUGGCAAAGUAGAUACGAGAUCUUAUCUUGUAUAUCAAUACAACUAAAAAAUCAACAAAUCGUAUUAAUAAUUGAACAAUUGAGAAAUCUACGAUUGUGGUGUAUAAAUGAUUUUCAAACAGUUGUUGCAAAAGUAGGCAAGGCUUUAAAUGAUGCCGUAUCGAAUUUAAUAUAUUUAGAGAUUGUACUUGAGAAUUGUCAAAUUUUUACCCAACCCAGUCAAAUUUACGAUUGCAUGCCAAGAAUUUUACAUAUUAUUCGAUACAUUUGGAAUGAGUCGUCUCAUUACAACGUAUCGAGAAACGUGGAGAGACUUUUAUGUUCGCUCAGUUCUUAUGUCGUUGAAGUGUGCAUCAAUAGCAUUGAUUUGAAGCUAAUGUUUAACGAUCUACGAGUAUGUCAAGAAAUUGUUCAAACGACUCUCACCUGCUGCGAAAUUUACUCUCAAAUUUAUGAUAGCAUUGUUAGGAAUUGCGAAUCGAGCUCGGAUAAUUGGAGAGUUAAUAAGACGAUCGUUUUUAAAUGUAUCGAAGCUUUUGAGCAAAGAUGUCGGGAUGUGUGUGAAAUAUGCGAUGUAAUGAAAAUAUACGGCAGCUCGAAUAAAAUUAACUUUGGCUCCACUAAUGGGAAUUAUUAUGAGACGCAGUACAGGCGGAUUAAGAAUGAUUUUAUUGAAAUAAUGAAUAACAUGGAAAUUAGUUCGGAUUAUACGCUAAAUAUCAUGGAAUUAAAAUGGUUUCAAGACAUGUCAAAUUUUCGAUGUGAAGUUGACCAAUUGGAAAACACCAUGAAAAAUCUUCUCAAUAAUUUAUUUCAGGAUGUUGUAAGCGUGGACAUGGGCAUUGAGAUGCUGUAUACGCUAUUUCAAUUGAAGGAACGUCCAAGCUUUAACAAUAUCUUACGCAAUAAAUGGAUGGAGGUUUGGGAAAUGUUUUCCGAAGAAAUUCGAGACUGUUCUGAAGAAUCGACUGAAUAUGAGAUAUAUCAAGAUCAAGUGAAAUUAUGACAAUCAGAAAAUUCUAUAAUUCCAAGCAUUUACGAGAAAUACCUGGGGCGAUUAUAUAAAAUCAUGAUCGAUGCAUCCGACUGGCUUGGAGAUUGCGAUCUACAAUACGAGCCUCUACUUGUGAAUUUUAGCAGAAAAAUGAAUGAUUAGAAUC